AUGAUCGCAGCCAAGCUGGACUUCAGGAUCCCGAAGGGGUCUUGCGCAGCAUUGACAAGCGUAGCACCUCGUGUGCGCCGCCACGUCGCGGCUCGCUACCAGCCCGGCGACGCCCGCAGCGGUGACAGGCCCCAGCUGCGCGUCACAGAGGCCGACCUGCUCGACGGAAUCCGGGCCGAGGUGCUCGGCGCGGCCGCGUCGACCUCUCAGUGCGCGCUGGACGAGGGCGCCGCGCGCGACGCGGCGCGCCAGCAGCUGGACGUGCUGACUGCGCUGCCGCCCGGCACCGCCGACGCGCUGCCGCCCGACACCCUCAGGGCGCUGCUGGCAUCCCAGGGGCGCCUCGCGUACGAGUGCGAGCUCCGCCGCCGCGCCGCCGUUGCAACCGCGGCUGGUGCGGCGGCGGAGCGCGCGGCCGCGCGGCGGCGCGGCUCGCGCGCGAUGCACGCCGCGCGGCUCGGCGUCUCGGCGUGCGACGAGCUGCUAGCGGGAUGCCACGAGCAGCUGGAGCAGCGGGUCGUGGAGCCGCUCGCAAGGGGGGCUCCCGCAGCCGAGCGUGGCGAGGAUGACGAGGCGCUGGAGUAUGCAGAGUGCAUCCAAGGCCUGCUGGAGGUGCGGCGCGCGCUGCUGGAGCACGCGGGCGGCGUGCAGCAGCUGCUGACUGAGGAUGAGUCAGAGCAGGCCGAUGAGGAGACGGGCGGCUGA